AAUUUUCUGAAAAAAUCUUCAAACAUACGAAAUCAAAAAAACAUUUUUCUGGAAGAUACGAGAUUGACCCUUGCUUUCAUUUAAAUACCUCAUGUGUCCUCUCAGAAGCAAGUACAAGAAAUUCAGUACCUGCUAACAAUUCACACCUUUGCAAAGUUGACAACAAAGCAUCAGCUAAGGAAAGAAGAGAAAAUGUCGCUUAUCCCAAGUUUCUUCGAUGGUAGAAGGAGCGACGUCUUUGAUCCUUUCUCUCUUGACAUGUGGGAUCCGUUCAAGGAUUUUCAAUUUCCAUCUUCGUUUUCUGCUGAAAAUUCUGCCUUUGUGAACACCAGAGUGGAUUGGAAGGAAACCCCAGAAGCGCACGUGUUGAAGGCUGAUAUUCCAGGGCUGAAGAAGGAGCAGGUGAAGGUGGAGAUUGAAGAUGACAAAGUUCUUCAGAUAAGCGGAGAGAGAAAUGUUGAGAGAGAAGAUAAGAACGAUAAGUGGCACCGCGUGGAGCGUAGCAGUGGUAAGUUCUUGAGGAAGUUCAGGUUGCCAGAAAAUGCUAAAGUGGAUCAGGUGAAGGCUUCCAUUGAAAAUGGGGUUCUCACUGUCACCAUUCCCAAGGAAGAUGUCAAGAAGCCUGAUGUUAAAGCUGUUCAAAUCUCUGGUUAAACUUGAACUUAGAAAUCUUAAGCUCUGCUACUCUGCUAAAAGAAGUAUGGCGUGUCUGGUAACAUUGUUAUAUAUAUGUUGAAAAUCGGAAUUAGUGUGUCUGGUUGUGAGUGAUGUUCAUGUGUUAAACUUCAAAUGUUUUAAUUA